GUCCUUAGUUUCAUCAGGCGCCAUUUCACAAACUUACAAAACCUUACAGUAUACUGAAAGUAAGUAAAAUAUACAACAACAACAACAACAACAACAACAACAACAGAUGACAUAAGGAUGGAUGAGCACAUAAGAGAAGUAGUGAGACAUCUUUCUGUAUAUCUAACUAGAUAAGAAUAACACUUUCUCUCAUGAAUAGAAAGUUUAUCUAAAGGUAUUUGUGAUAUGUCAUAUAUUCUGUAGGUCGUACGACUUUAGUAACUCGUCUCAGUUCCUGCAGACUACAUGUGAUGCUUGGGUCCUUCCUCCAUCCUGCAUGACAAUGGUUAUGUAGAAACUCCGAACGUGGACUUCACGCCCUACACAAACUUUCGGGUACACCUGGUGGCGCCACUCAAUCACAUUGUCGUUAUAAGUUUUGAUGAUAUUGACAGCGCCUACACCUGCUUGAGCCGUUUUCCUGACCACGUGACUUUCCGUACAAAGAGCAGUUACAGAGAGUAUUCAAUAUGUUCCUUAGAAAUGAACGGUGACCUGGAUUUUUAUCCAGGUGAGAUGCUGAUGGAGUACAAAGUUUACUCUAUGACAUACGGUGGACAUUUUAAAAUAAUGUUUUCCUUCCACCACGUGUCGGCGCUGCCUGUGAAGUUGUCUGACGGCAGGUGGAACUGCUCGGCCGUGCGAUGGGAGGACAUGCAGCAUCACUUCCCGUGUAACUUUGUGUCUAACUGUGUGGGCGGCGAAGAUGAGGCUGGAUGCUGGUCAGGUGACGGCACGUGCGGCGCUGGACAAAUCGAGGUGGACGGUCGCUGCUUUACUUUCACGCACGUGGUGGAGGAAGACCUUUCCUGGAAUGAUGCGAACCGUUGGUGUCAGGAGCGUAAACAACAGCUCGCCAGUUUUAGUGCCAGAACAGUGUGGGACUUCUUUAUGGAGUUUUUCAAUCAUUUAACAGAUUCUUCAAGAAUUUUCGUUGGAGUUAGGUUCGCGCCGUCAUCUUUACCUCCAAUAUAUCGAAAGAGUUGGAUGUGGUGUGACGAGACCAUCGCUCAUGUCUUGGAACUAACGAACCUGGGACUCAGAAAUCCCAACGACAACUGCGUGGUGACCACAAGUUACUCGAUGCGUAGUGUCUUGCUUAGAGGGCAUCUAACGGUCACAUCAUGUGAACAAACACUUCCUGUCUCCUAUCACUUAUGUGAGAUCCAGGGAACACCAAGUAUGUACCCUGCUCUCCAGGCACCAGAUGUCCACGUGACACAACCCACGUCCAGACUUUCUAAGCCAGGGUACAUCCUGUGCCCCGCCAACCACUUCACGCACGUGUUUCUCGCCUGUGACGUCACCUCUAACUGCUGGAGCAAGACAGAUGGCGCCACGUACUGCUGCUCGCCACCACUGACGUCACUUCCGCCUCUCUUUGAGUGUGCUGAUAUACAGCAAAGUGUACCAUACACUUUAGUAUGCGAUCAUCGAGCUGACUGCCUUGAUGGCAGUGAUGAAAACAUUUGCGUCUUUCCUCGCUGCGACCUGGACUCACCUUUUCGAUGCAGUGACAGAAGGUGUGUACAGGCGAUCGAGCGUUGCAAUGGACAAGUGGACUGCGAUGACCAAGCGGAUGAAGCAAAUUGCCUUGACAUGUUUAACGGUAUAGACAGAAGCAGAAAAUUACAGAACUCUUUCAGAAUUGAUAGUAAUUCAAAUGGACAGAUCGUAUACACCGAACUGUCACCAUUUUCUUGUCCCGAUUCGCACUUCGUGUGUCCAAGCCUUCACGAAGUGUGUCUGCCUGUCUACUUCCGGUGUAACGGAGUCAACGACUGUCCUGGUCUCGAGGACGAGGCGGCUUGUGACAGGUACACGUGUCCAGGCUUCUACCGUUGCCGCAAAACUCAGGUGUGUGUUCACGAGAGUCACGUGUGUGAUGGGAUCUACCAUUGUCCUCUACAUGAUGAUGAAAUAUUGUGUAAUGAAACAUGUCCACACAACUGUGUCUGUCACGGAUGGUCUUUCAUCUGUUCUAAUGUUUUUAAUGCAACAAACUACUCCAAUCUCCGAUACCUUGACGCCAGUGGGACCUCGAUGACCCUUGCUGACCUCGACAACAACACAUUUCUUGUUUACCUCAGCCUAGCCAGGUGUAAUCUGACAAAACUACAUGAAGUUACACUGCCUAAUCUUCGCACAUUGGAUCUUAGCAAUAAUGAGUUAACUGACUUUGUCAGCAGUCAUUUUUCUGGAAUGAAAAAUCUAGAAUUUUUAAAGAUCAAUCAUAAUCCCUUGACUUUUUUCUCUUUCCCGAAUAUCAUCCACACAUCGUCUUUACGAGUUCUAGACAUGUCUGACAUACAUAUUUCGAAAAUGGACUUCAUGUCGUCUUGUGACGAUCUGCUUCGCUCCAACCUGUACCGCGUGGCACUCGCCAUCUUUGCCUCGCUUUCGUUACUGGGAAACCUCAGCACUUUGGUUUACCGCUUGAUUCUCCACAAAACCACCAGCAACGUGGGUUACGAUGUCUUCGUCACUAACUUGUGUGUGGCCGACUUUCUGAUGGGUGUGUAUCUGUUGAUCAUCGGUAUAGCAGACCACAGGUAUAAAGGUGUUUACCUGUGGGAGGAUACAGGGUGGAGAAGCAGCGGGUUGUGUAAUGUGGCGGGUGUUUUGUGUUUCUUGUCAUCUGAAGUAUCGGUUUUUAUUAUCUUUUUAAUUACGCUCGAUCGCUUUUUAGUGUUUCGUUUUCCCUUUAGCCAGGUGCACUUUCGGAAGCAAUCAGCUGUGUUUGUUUGUGGUGUUACCUGGCUGGCAGGUAUGACCUUAGCCGCGAUUCCCCUUCUGCCGAUGACGUCACACUGGAGCUUUUACAGCCAGACUAGCAUAUGCUUUCCCCUGCCGACAUCCCGGGUGGAUUUCCCGGGUCGCAAUUAUUCUUUUGGUGUUAUUAUUGUAUUGAAUUUUAUUCUGUUUAUUUUUAUUAUGAUUGGUCAAAUGUUUGUUUACCAGUCUGUUCGUUCUAAUUCUAUUUCUUCUUCAUGUUCGUCUAAAACUAUCAAAGACUUCAAUGUUGCUGUUCGCUUAAUGACUGUAGUGAUGUCGGACUUUCUGUGCUGGUUCCCUGUUGGUUUGAUAGGAAUCCUCGCUGCAAAUGAGUUUGCUAUUUCCGGAGAGGUCAAUGUGGGGUUAGCUAUUUUUGUUCUGCCCUUCAAUGCUGCACUUAACCCGUUCCUGUACACCAUCAACAUCUACUUAGAGCGCCGACGAUGUAGAAGAGAGGAGGAAAGACAAAAGCGGAUCAUCGCUCAACUGAAAUUAAUAAACAGUUACACUGAAGCGCGGAAUUCAAAACUUAAACUUACAAACAACGAGGCUCUUGACCUCAUUAAGACGAUGCUUUCGGCCAAAGUUUUUUCUCCUGACGAGCUAAGAAACGUCAUUGAAGUAAACAGAAACACAGAAUCUGUUUAAAUUUUAAUUUGUAAACUUUCUGAGGCUAGGUUAGCAAAAGACCUUUUUCGUACCACAAAACUGGUUUUGAAAAUUUUAAAGCUAAUGUUUUUAUUGAAUUAAAUGUAUUUCUAGUGUUACCUGCCUGCAAAUGAUGGUCAUUGAAAGACAAAAUGACACGGGUUUUUUAAAAUAAUUUUAGGAAAAAGAUUAAUUUGAUUUUUGCUACUAACGCCCAAAAAACUUUUGUUUGAAAUGUACUUAAAAGGAUAAAAUAACUGUUUCCCUGACAUUUAGCGAUUUUUUUCAUACACAUAACUUUAAACAUAACAGUGUGACGGUCACUGGAGUGUUGUAAAUUCCAAGUAAUGUCCCUCACACUUUUACACUUUAAGUAAGUAUAUGUCAGAAAAUCCCGAGAUAUAAGGCAAACAUUAUUUCAAAUAUAUACAUUUCAAAUGAAAGUGUGUUCACUCUCUCGCUAGAAGGUCGAGAGUCGUCGUUAAUGUGACGGUUGAUAAUCUAUCAUCGGGUACCUGACCAACUGAGAUUCAAUAUUUAUUUCUACAGGCUUUCUACAGGUUUAUUAAUUUCUUUGUAGUGUGU